AUGGAUCCCGGCCCAGCCCACAAGCGCAGACGGCCAGCCGUCGCUUGUACCGAAUGUCGGAGGAGGAAGAUCAGCUGUGAUCUUGCCUCGCCUUGUGGGCAGUGUAGCAAGUCUCGCUCCGCCCUCAAGUGCAUCUACAACAACGAUCGCAACGGCAAUACGAACCAGGGGGCUGACUGGACCAACCCGAAACCAAGCGAGCCGACGAAGACUUUGGAGGCUCACCUGGAGCAACCCACAACCCUUGCUCCCAUGGCCCACUCGGGUCACUACAUCUCCAUUCACGGGUCAACAAUGUUCGGGGAGAGCAUGCUGAACCUGGACACUAUCUCUCUCGAUGCCGUGACGUCCUCUCACACGGAAUCGAAUGAAAACAUCUUUGACGCCAUCUUCGACUUUUCCAAUCGCGGACUUGAUCCAAAGCAUAUCACGAUUCCACCUCUCUUGACCGGCACAAAAUUUCCUUCGUUAUCCUUGACCGAUAGUCCGAUGGAGAUGCCGAUGCAGCCACUGUUCCCACCAUCCACAAGCUCAAGCUCCAGUAUACUGGCGGAGCAGCUGUCAAAUCUUGAACCUGAUACAACGCAGCCGUACAACCUACAUAUACAACCCGAAGGGGUGCGGUCACUCCUACGCGGACUCGCCGACCGCACUCGGGACAGCCAUUACCAGCUGCCACCAGGGUCUGAAAGCGUCCAAUCACUCAUGGGUACGCUUGCCAAGCUGGAGCGCACCGCAAUUGAGGCAACUGAGAGCAAGAUGACCUUCACUGCUUGGCCUCACAAGAAUUUAGCCUUCCAGGCUAAUCCAGUGUGGGACAUGUUGCCGCCAAAAACACAGUGUGACACUCUCCUCGACGCAUAUUUCAAAAGCUUUGAGUCGGCCUUGCGCAUUCUCCACGUUCCAUCCUUCAUGCAGAGAUACGAGCAGUUCUGGGAUCGUGCUCGAUCACAACGGAAUGAUGCAGACGAUACGUUUGUGUGUACUCUUUUUGUCGCCAUUGCUAUUGGGUCAUGCGUGUCACUCGGACCGCAUGUUCUCAAUGACUCGGGGUGUGCUUUGCAGGAGCAGGCCGCGGGCUGGAUCGCCUAUUCAAGGGAUUUUUUGUCACGCAAGAUUGUCACGGGCACACAUGAGAACUUCGAAAUAGCCCAGCUCAUGUGUCUGCUGACUCUGGCACGGCACACGCAGGCCCAGUCUGGGGACUCAGCUGGUUCCCGGUUCAUGUUCAGUGACGAUAAUCCGGCCCGAGUAGGAAUCCGGAUGCGCCUCUUUCACGAGCCAGUAACAAAGGGAGCUCAUGGAUCAACAAAAGAUGCAGAGAUGCAUCGCCGCCUGUGGGCCACGAUGCUAGAACUGUCUUUGCAGUCGUGCCUGGCUGAAGGACUACCGGCCCCAAUUGCUCCCGACGGCUAUGACUGCGAGCCGCCAUCAAACAUCUUGGAUGAAGACAUUGAAGGAGGGGUUAACCAACAAGGCUUCACACCCACAACCAUUCUGGGGCUUUUAGCAAAAACACAGCGGCUUCGGCUACGGAUCCUACAUUUAGCCAACAUGCCAAGGACGCCAAAGACUUCGCAUGAAGCGUACCGCAUCGGAGCUGAGCUCAACGAGGCAUGCAACGCCAAUAUGCAAGUGCUCAAUGCAAUGAAACCGCCGCAGCCCAUAGAGUUCCAACGCAGACUGCUCGAUAUGUGCACCCGAUCAUUCGUGUUGGCUCUUCACACUUCGUUUUCCGAGCCGGAUUUCACCGAGCCUGCAUCCUAUUACUCGCGCCGCAUGCGGAUGGAGAUCUCCAUGCUCCUCCUCUGCCCCCAAGCCAGUCAGGAGAGGCCUGAUAACUCGAGCGUGCCGAACAUGGCUGUCUCCGCACCAUAUGCCCCGGAAAUAACAGGCCACAGCAUGUCAGCUUUCUAUGGCACAUGUACUAAUCAGGCUGCCACGGGCAGGCCAGCGAAUACGACGACACCCCCCCUAGCCAUGUCAGACGCAUACAUGUCGCUCCUGAUCCACAGCAACAGCCAUGGGCACUUUGUACGCAUGCACCGGCAGAUGCUAGCCUCGCUGUGCCUCGACCUCAUCAGCGAGCUGGAGAAGAACGAGUUCCCCAUUCUGAACCAGCCGUCUCUACACCAGAUCCGCGGCGUGCUGCGGGUCGCCAUGCAAGUGUUUGAGAGCCGCAUGCGAAGCUCUUCCGGGGCAAAUUCAGCCCGCGAGUUCGUCGUCUUUGCCGCCGCUGCAGCUCACAUAGACGCGCUCUUGCUGGGCGGUGGGGCCACAGGGGACCCAGGCCAGGUAGGCAAUGUACAAGCCUUGGAUGUGGACGAAACGACUGCGAGAGCGGUACUGAGUGCAUUGAAUGUGUUUACCGAAGUGUUGCAAAGGACCAAAGUCUAA